GGCAAUAUACCAUGACCUCGCUGCGCCGCCGCCCGCGUAAACCUUGCAGCUGCUGCAUCGUGGUCCCCGAUUUUACACACGCACACUCGUACCGUACACAAACAAACGGCGUUCUCCUUUUUCUUUCUUUCCCUCUCUGACCAUCUCUCUUGCUCUCUCUCAGUAUAUGCCACUUUUUUAUUUUACUUUUAAUGGCGUCCGCUAUCAUUUGACCCGAUCCCGUUUGUUUGCAUGCUAAGCGCGUUCGUUGUUCUCGUCAUCAUUGACGCUGUCCCCGAUCAGCGACCAAAUUUUCAAAUUUUUUAAGCCGGUAAGCGACUUACUGUACCGUACUUAUAUUAUCUAUUCUGCACCUGAGAAUUUAUCAUCAUGUCUACCAAACGUCAGUCAAAAGGCAAAUCCAAUGGUGUUUCUCGCAAAAAAUCAAAAUUAAUUGAAGAAGAUCCACCUGAAUUAAGUGAGGAAGAACAUGAAGAUGACAAAAAAUCAUCUGAUGAAGAUGGCGAUGAUUUAACUACCGAAGAAAAUGAAUCUAUUAGAGUUAAAGGACCAGAUCAUAUAGGAAUAAUUCUAAUAACUGGUGGUACUAAUUGGGAUUUAAAUGGUCGUAAAACUGUACCAAAAGGAUGCAAAUCAAUUGGACGUAAUUUAUAUGAACCUCAUGUGUUUGUUCCUCUUCAAAAUACUCGUAUCCGCCAUGUGGUGAGUGGUUGUAACUCGGCGCAUACUAUUUUCAUUACAGAAGAAGGAAAAGCAUUGUCAUUAGGUCGUAAUGAGAAAGGUCAACUUGGUGUAAAAGAUUUACUGAGACGAGAUCUACCUACCCCUAUUGAAGGGUUACCUGAUCAUGCUAUUGUCAAUGCAGCUACUGGCCGUAGUCACACACUUCUUCUUACUGAUCGUGGUGCAGUUUAUAGUUGUGGUGAUAACAAAUAUGGUCAGUGUGGCGUGAAGUCCAAAGAACCCAUGAUCACUACUGCAUUAAAGGUUAAAUACAAUGGUCCACCAAUUGUCAAGGUUGGAUGCGGUGCAGAUUUCAGUAUUUUACUUGAUUGUAAAGGAACACUGUAUUCAUUUGGUUUACCUGAGUAUGGACAACUUGGGCAUAAUACAACUGGUGAAUACAUUGAACGCGCAGGUGCAAUUCAGUAUGCUACUGUUAAUCAACCUAAAGCUAUUUUAACUUUUGUGGAAAAAAACAAAAAUAAAGUAGAAAUUUUGCCUAAGCCAGAAAUAAGAGAUUUUUCUUGUGGUACAAACCAUACGGUAGCCAUUGAUGAUCGUAAAAAAGCCUACUCGUGGGGUUUUGGCGGUUAUGGUCGAUUGGGACAUUCUGAACCUAAAGAUGAAAUGCAACCAAGACUUAUUAAGUAUUUUGAUGUUCAAAGAAGUGGUAUUAAAUAUGUUGCAUGUGGUCCUGCUUUUAGCCUUGCAAUUAAUGAAUUUGGUGCUGUGUAUUUGUUUGGUCAGAUGAGUAGUAGAGGUGAAGCUAAUAUGUAUCCUAAACCUGUACAAGACCUUCAUGGUUGGAAUGUACGCAGCAUUGGUACAUGUGGUAUAGGUAUGGUUGCAGCAGCUGAUGAUUCAUGUAUAUCCUGGGGCUCUGGAAAUAGCUCUGGUGAACUGGGUCUAGGAGAUUUAAAGAAAUCUAGUGCAAAACCAUGUGAAAUGAAGAAACUUGAUGGUGUUUAUGUAGAGCAUGUAACUUGUGGAUCCUCACAUACAUUUUUACUGGCUCGUGACCAGUCAGAAGAUGACAAGGACUCGAUCGCUUCAUUGCCAGAAUAUAAACCUAUUGUGUCCUAACUUUACUGAAAAGAAAAUAAAGAAGACAUGUACCACAUUAUAAUAAUGAACAGCUGCAUUUUGAUUUCUGGAUACACCAGAAUAGCCUCGUGUUGGCUGGUUUUGUGCACUAUAAGAGUUUACCUACAAAAAUAUUAUUUACUUAUUGAAAAUGAAGUAGAAUGUACAAUAAUUAAAAAAAAAAAUUGUUUGAAAUAGUUCAAAAAACAUGCUCAAAGAAAAUCUAAAAAAAAAAAUUGAACCAAAAAUCUUAACCCAGAACCAUCUGAUUAGAAUGACCAAUAACCAAUUUAAUAUUUAAAACCUAGACAGCAAACAAGUGAAUAAUGAUUUACUUAUCUAAAAAAAAAAAAAGCAACACAUUUUUUGUUUUAGCAUUUUUAAAUAGAUUUUAUUUUAUUUUAUUGUAAUAAAUCGAUAAUAUUACUAUUAUA